AUGUCAGAAAAGCUCGAUGAUGUUCCCGUCGAAGUAUCUAAAGUGUUCGACACCAUUUUAGUGUUGGACUUUGGAUCCCAAUAUUCUCACUUAAUCACACGUCGGUUGAGAGAAUUUCAAGUCUAUGCUGAGAUGCUACCAUGUACUCAGAAAAUUUCAGAAUUGAGUUGGACUCCUAAAGGGAUAAUCUUGUCAGGUGGCCCUUUCUCAGUUUAUGAGGAUGGUUCUCCCCAUGUUGACCAUGAUAUCUUCAAGUUGGGCGUUCCUAUCUUGGGUAUUUGCUACGGUAUGCAAGAGUUAGCUUGGAUCAACGGUAAAGGUGUCGCCAGAGGAGACAAGAGAGAAUAUGGACCUGCUACAUUACAAGUUAAGGACUCAAGCUGUGAAUUGUUUAAUGGAUUCCAAGAUUCUCAAGUGUGGAUGUCUCAUGGUGAUAAGUUACAUGCUUUGCCCACUGGAUUCAAGAUCGUUGCUAUCUCUGAUAAUUCUCCCUAUGCUGCAAUUGCCCAUGAGAAGGAUUCAAUCUUUGGUAUUCAGUUCCAUCCUGAAGUAACUCAUUCAACGUACGGUAAGAUUCUCUUGAGGAAUUUCGCUAUCGACAUUUGUCACGCUAAAGCCAACUGGAAUAUGGAAAACUUCGUUGAUACUGAAAUUGCUAGAAUCAGAAAAUUAGUUGGCCCAACAGCGGAAGUUAUUGGUGCAGUUUCUGGUGGUGUAGAUUCCACUGUUGGUGCUAAAAUCUUGAAUGAUGCAAUCGGAGACCGUUUUCAUGCUAUUUAUGUUGACAAUGGUGUCAUGAGAAAGAAUGAAACAGAAUCUGUUUACAAGAAUCUUACGGAAGGUUUAGGCAUUAACUUGACGGUUGUUGAUGCUAGUGAUCUCUUCUUGAAUAGAUUGAAAGGUGUAACCGACCCUGAGAAAAAAAGAAAGAUUAUUGGAAACACUUUCAUACACGUUUUUGAAGAGGAAGCUGCGAAGAUUAAGCCAGCAUCUGGGCAGGAAAUAGAAUACCUCCUUCAAGGUACAUUGUAUCCUGAUGUUAUCGAAUCUAUUUCAUUCAAGGGCCCUUCACAAACUAUUAAGACGCACCAUAACGUUGGUGGUUUACUUGAAGAUAUGAAAUUAAAGCUAAUUGAACCAUUAAGAGAGUUAUUUAAAGAUGAAGUUCGUCACUUGGGUGAACUUUUAGGUGUUCCUCAUGAUCUUGUCUGGAGACAUCCUUUCCCUGGUCCUGGACUUGCGAUUAGGAUUUUGGGAGAAGUUAACAGAGAACAGUUAAAAAUCGCUCGUGAAGCUGAUUCCAUUUUCAUCGAAGAAAUAAGAAUUGCUGGAUUAUAUGAACAGAUAUCUCAAGCUUUUGCCGCUCUCUUGCCUGUGAAGUCAGUUGGUGUGAUGGGUGACCAAAGAACUUACGAGCAAGUGAUUGCCUUGAGAGCUAUAGAAACUGUGGACUUCAUGACUGCUGACUGGUUUGUCUUUGAAGCUUCUUUCUUGAAGAGAGUUGCAUCUAGAAUUGUAAAUGAAGUCGAUGGUGUCGCUCGUGUUACAUACGAUAUUACUUCAAAACCUCCUGCAACUGUUGAGUGGGAAUGA